AUGUCCGCCGCUUCGAAUACUGAAGUCAACCCAGUGGCGCCCUCGAACCACAUACCACGCUCUUCGGACUCAGACAUCCGGACGUGUUGUACGGACACAGCUGCCCCGUUGAGUCAGACGGCGUGGAGGCUGCCGUCUACACCGCCCAUCAAUAGGCUUCCCGUCGAGAUCCUCACCAUGAUCUUCGUGUGGCUCACCCGCAUGCAUAAAGACAUUCAGAACCUCCAGUUCGAAGGUGCUCCGCCACAAUAUAUCGGUGUCAUGCGGGUUUGCAAGCUCUGGAACGACAUCGCCCUCAAUACUGUCGAGCUCUGGCAAAAGGUCAGCAUUGGGGAAUACCGUACGACCGCCGAUCGGCUCUCCGCUGUACUCGCUCGUUCGCGCAGCGCGAGUCUUGACAUCAAAGUUCGCGGGGCAUCUGGAACCUUACGGCUGGCUGCGCCAUUUCUGUUGAGGGAAGCUCAUCGACUGCGAACCCUUAACAUGGCCGAGUAUGACGACGGCGUCGAGGCGGUCGAUGCGCUACUUCUGUCCGCCGUGGAGUUUCCCCGCCUGGAAACACUCGUUGUGUUGGAACUUAGCGACCAACAUUACCCCUUUGGCGUUACGAAAGUCGCCGAAUGCCUCGUCAGCCUCGAUGCCGAAAACCGAUUCCCCUCCCUUCGAUCUCUCGAGCUCCGUUGUGUAUACAUCCCAUGGCGAGCUCCCGUCUUCCAAACCCUUCGCGCCUUUAUCCUCGUCGACUGUCACGCCCCCAGCAACAUCUCUCUUCCGGAAUUCCUGGCCGCCCUUCGGCGUUGUGAACGUCUCGAAGAGCUCGAGAUCCACUACACCUUCAUGACAGCGUUCCCGGAUGUAGAUCCCAAUGGGUUCCCAGUUGUCCCCGAGUACCCUAUCGCCAUUCUACCACGGCUGCACUCGUUACUCCUGCAAAAUUGGCCAUCGACGUGGUAUCAGUACAGCCCCAGUGAUAUCCACGUCUUGCUGCAGCACCUCCGAAUUCCCCCGACUGCCGGCAUCACUAUAAAUCUCGAAAUCGACCGAGAGGAGGUGGGAGGCUACGAAGACGAUGCGGGCAUCGUCUAUCCCCCCGAAGACUACGGCGUCAACGUGAGCUUCCUCACUCCCAUUCCCCAAGACUCAGCCUGUCUCCCACUCCUAUGCAACGCGACAUCCAUCACACUCAUGGCUUCUCAUGUUGAGUGUUCGCAGCGUAAACGUUACGUGAACAUAGAGUGCACCAGAGAGCCCGAGGCCGGUACGCUGCGCGUCAUCUUCAAUGAGUUCACGAGCUUCCACGAAUCGGCUCGAUGGCCGUAUCCCCAGUCCAACCAGCUCCGCGACGUCUGCACCCUGUUCGCCCGGGCACCGCUGACCUCGCUCACGGUCGAGUUGCUCGACGCCACCAGCGACGUGCUCAUGGACAUGUUCCACACGUUCUCUGCUCUGACCAAUCUCCACGUCUACUGCACUGGCGACGGCCAGGAACGCGAGCUGCUCACCGCGCUCGCUCCGCCGCACCUAACCAGUCACCCCGGCAGUGCUGUCUUGCCCGCUCUCCGCAUUCUCCGCCUCGAACGCGUGGCAUGGCCUGCAUGCCCCCUCACUCGCAUCAUAUUUUGCAUCUGGGUACGUCGAGCGCAGGGCGCGGCGACUCUAUCAGAGCUCCAUAUCACGUUCAACGAUCGCGAUACGGAGGACGUUGGGGGUGUCGCGCGGCAUUAUCGUGCGCUGGCUGCGUUGAAGAAUGCGGUGGAAGGACUGGUCGUGUGCAGUGACGCAACUAUAGAGUCAGAUGCAAAGGUCAGCAAAUACUGGGGCCGCUCGUGCCAUUAUCAUGCUCAUCUUUUUAUGGUUUAG